AAAAACCACACAUCUCAAACCAACCCAUACAAAUAAACAGAAGCAAGAUGACCUCAAGAGCAAAAGCGUUUUUUGUGUGCUUUGCUUAAAAUCAUGAUUAAGAAGAUACCCUCCAAGGCCUGUUCUUGCUAUGUUUCCUUCAUUGUCACUCUUCUUCUUCUUCUUCUUUCUUCUCUUUCCACUCGCUCAGUCGCCGGCGAUUACAGAGAAGAACAAGAGAGGGACAGGGUAGUGAAGCUGCCGGGGCAGCCGGAAAAUGUGGGGUUCUCACACUACUCCGGCUACAUCACGGUGGAUCCACCAUUUGGCAGGAAUCUAUUUUACUGGUUGAUUGAGGUGCCAGCUGGCAGGAAACCCAUGUCAAGGCCACUUGUAUUGUGGCUCAAUGGUGGCCCUGGUUGCUCAUCUGUUGCUUAUGGUGCCUCUGAAGAAAUUGGACCUUUUAGGGUUGGUCCUGAUGGGAAGACUCUCACUUUGAGUCCCUAUGCUUGGAAUAGAGAGGCGAACUUGCUUUUUUUGGAUUCACCAGCCGGAGUGGGUUUCUCUUAUUCUAGUACCUUAGAAGAUCUGUUGAAUGUUGGUGACAAAAGAACAGCUAAAGAUGCAUACACAUUCUUAAUCAAGUGGUUUGAAAGGUUCCCUCAAUACAAGCAUAGGCCUUUUUACAUUGCUGGAGAAAGUUAUGCAGGUCAUUAUGUACCUCAGCUAUCUCAACUUGUAGCAAGAGGGAACAAAGGCAUCAAGAACCCAGUUAUUAAUUUCAAAGGUUUCUUGCUAGGGAAUGGGCUUCUUGAUGACCACUACCAAUUUAUUGGAUCAUUUGACUUCUGGUGGAACCAUGGUUUGAUAUCAGAUACAACAUACAAGGCAUUGUAUAAAGCUUGCUCAAAUAGCUCAUGGAUAUAUGCAAACGAUGAAUGUGCCAAAGCUUAUUCCAAAGCUACAAAUAAUAUGGGGAAAAUCAAUAUGUAUAGCAUGUACGACAGCUUUUGUGGGGAUGUAGGGACUACCACUACUUUGCCCACCAACUUGUGGAAUAUUCCUCUAAUAUCAACACUUGUUGGGAAGGAUGGGACUUGUAGGGUAAAGUAUACAAAAAUGUACUUGAAUGACUCUAAUGUCCAAAAGGCUCUUCAUGUCAAAGCUGAUGAGAUAUUCCAUCCUUACACUACUUGCAGUAACGUUGUGACGGCAAAGUGGGCUGAUUCUGCUUCCUCUGUGCUUCCUAUCUUUAAGGAACUCAUAGCAGCCGGUAUCAGGAUUUGGGUGUACAGUGGCGAUACAGAUACUACAGUUCCAAUAAGUUCAACUCGGUACUCUAUCAAUGCUCUAAAGCUGAAGACCAUUAAAGACUUGGAUGCUUGGUAUGACGACAAACAACAGGUUGGAGGGUGGAGCCAAGUAUACAAGGGCUUGACAUAUGUGAUAGUAAGGGGAGCAGGGCAUGAGGUUCCACUAGAUAGGCCAAGGCUUGCUUUUACAAUGUUUCAACAUUUCUUGAAUGGCCAUUCCUUGCCUUCUGGGCCAUAGAAUAACUUGUUAUUUGGUGUGGUUGUAUGUGCUUUUGUCUAUCAUGAAUCCUGUAAUGCAUGAAAUUCAAAAAUAAUAAUUGAUCAUUUAAUAAAAAAAAAAUUAUUAUGGAU